AUGCCACCGCUUCCGGGUCCCAUCGAGAAGCAGGGAGCCGGCCUUCUAUUCACAUCGGAGCAGCAUGUGCUCUUGCUCAAGCGCGCCAACACAAAACACAACCUGGGCGCCUGGGGUCUGCCUGGGGGCAAUGUCGAGGCUGGCGACGAGAGUCUCUUGGCAACAGCCGUGCGUGAGGCUGUGGAGGAAGUGGGCGUCCUGCCGCCCUUCACCAUCUCGGGCGAGAUCAAGACGGCGCGGGGCAAGCGGGGACAGAAGCACUUCACUGUUUUCAUCGCCACUCUGCUGCCCGAGGAUCGCCAGGCGUGGACGCCGGUGCUCAACCACGAGCACAGCGAGUUCCAGUGGUACCCCGUGCCCGGGCUGUGCGCCGGCACCCUACCCCUGCACCCCGUGGUGGACAAACUCUUUAGGCAGGGGGAGCUCCCACUCGGCCUGGUGGGCGUCGCCCCGCCCUGA